AUGGCCACCCGUCAGCGCCCGCGGCCACCCAUGCUGCUGCCGCUGCUGCUGCUUCUCGCCUCCGCCCUCCAGGGGCAGGCGUAUCCCCAAUCACUGCCCGCCUACCAAGCAGACGAUAUGGGCAUCGGAGGUGAGGACGGCUACAGAGCAGCGCAGAGCCCCAUGGGGUUCCCGCAGUCCUUCUUCCUGCCUUCGGCGUUUGGCCCAGGCUUGUUCCAGCCGCAGCGGCAGACAGACCCCUUCGGGCUGCCGCCUGGGCAACCACUUCCGCCUCCAGGGCCGCCGCCACCACCACCACCGUCGGCGCCAGCGCAGCCUCAAGCACCUCCCCCUCCGCAGUCACCGCCACCGCCGCCUCCACAGCCAGAUGGCCCUCCGCCACUGCCACCACUACCGCAGCCGCAGCCUCAGUUCCUACCCGGAGCUCAAUUUCCACCGUUUCCUCAGUGGCCACCAGGGGGACAGUUCCCGCCGGGAGGCCAGUUCCCACCCAACCUACAGUUCCCACCGGGAGGCCAGUUCCCACCCAGCCUACCGUUCCCACCGGGAGCCCAGUUCCCACCAAUGAUGCCGCAGUUGCCUCCCGGCUGGCCCACAUCGGGGUCUGGGAACCCUCUGUCGGCGGUACCAAUACUGUCGCCGGUCCCGACUGGGUUCGUGCCUCUCGGGUCGGGCCCUGUCCUGCCCAUGUCCCUGCCUCCGCAACAGCUGUCGCCACCGCAGCUCCAACAGGCUCCGCAGCCGGCGCCGGGAGCGCGCUCUGCAGGCCCGGACAACGCGGAGCACUCCAGGUCGUCGCACCUCCUGGAGCCGGCGAACCUCUUCAAGACAGCGCGCCACUGGCACCGCCCUCUCACCACGCUCGUGCUGCCGCCGCCCCCCACCUACGUACUCCCUGCGUCGCCGCCGCCGCCACAGCCUCAGCCGUACCCAUGGAUAUUCGUGCAACAUCUCCCCUUUGGAGUAGUGGAGGCGUGA